UCAGCAGACGCCGUGACAAUCAUGUGACUUCAAUACGCAGAUACCAGUACAGCUGGUAACAGACAGAAGUGGUUUAUAAAGUUGAAGUUUUCUUUCAAAUUACAGUCUUUGAAAAUCAUAGGAAAAAGGAUCAUGUGACAAGCCUGUUCUCGAACCCCUGAAUCUUGACACUGGAGAAGAAGCUGAACAAGGAGAUGUUUUAGACAAACUGAACCCUACAUCAGAGUCCAUGGGUCAGGAAACUCGGACGUGUCCGUGCUUGUUUUGUGCGAGGAGUUUCAACAUUGAGGAAAAGAACGAGGACCUGCUGGCUCAUCUCAUCAUGGUACACAAGUUUGUCAUUGCCGAUGUCAGUCUCAUCUGUAAUCUCAGAAAAUACAUACUGUACUGGAAGGAAAGACUGAAAGACCAGUCGCUGUCCGACUUCUGUUCAGUGAUUGUGACAAAUACAGCAUCAACUGAUAUAGGUGAACGAGAAGAGUUUUUCAUGCUGUGUGACGUUCUUCCCGAAGACAAGGAAUUCAGACAGUUUCUCCAGAAAGAAAAACUGGAAGAAAUUUUGUCUCAACAACAGAAAGAGAGGAACGAUGUCAGUUUCUGUAGAAUGUGUCUGUUUUGUUCUGAGAGCUUUGAGAAAAACAGAGCAGACCUAUUCAACCACAUGGCUGAAGAUCACGCCUUUAAUGUUGGACGUCCAGAUAACUUAGUGUUCACAAAUGAAUUUCUUGACCUGUUGCAAGAAAAAUUACGAAACCUUCAAUGUCUUUACUGUGAGAAAACAUUCAAAGAUAGACCAACACUGAAGGAACACAUGAGAAAGAAGCAGCAUAGAAAAAUUAAUCCAAAGAAUAAAGCAUAUGAUAAAUUCUACGUAAUAAAUUAUCAGGAACUCGGCAAGAACUGGGAAUCCAUUCAGUCUGAAGAUGAUGCUUUGCUUUCUGAUACGGAUGACACUGAUGAAAACGAGGAAGACGACUGGUCAGACUGGAUGGAGGAGGCUGGGUCUCAGGCCGUCUGUCUGUUCUGCGAGUUCUCAUCCAGUCAUUCAGACAGACUCCACGCUCACAUGCAGGAACUUCACGACUUCAAUUUGCAUGAGCAGAAGAUAAAAAUGAACUUGACAUUUUAUCAAAAGAUCAAGUUGAUCAAUUUUAUAAGACGAAAGGUAAAUACAUUGUCAUUAGUCAUACUGUGAUGACCCUAUUAGUGGCCACUCCCAUUCCAGCCAUGUGACACGUUAUCAAGGAACACACAAUACGUGCAUUAAGAUUCACUUCUGUUUGUUGCCUUGUCAUGGAAGUUAAAGUUUUGUUUUGUUUAAUGACAUUGCUAGAGCACAUUAAUG